AUGCUGAUAGCCCUUCUUGCCCCUUUCUCCCUCCUCAUAGCCUACGUGCUCCACCAUGUCCUCUCCCACCAAACUCUCUUGUUGAAACAAAUCUUCUCCCAAACCAUCUUCAACACCAUCCAGCUCGCCCGCCUUAUUGGUCCUCUCGACCCUUACGACCCCUUGACUGUUCCCGACCAGGUAAUUCCCGACUCAAACUCCGCCUCCGAAAUAUCUGAAGCCCAAGCACGAGCCAACCAGCGCAUCGAUGACGCCCGUUCCAUUAUUGACUUCUCAUAUGCCGGGCCUAAAAUCGAGUUGGAAGACCGCCUUCGUCUCCGCGCCCUAGCCAAUUCCCGUCUGGUUGCGGCGUUUGGGAUCAACACGUCGCUCACCAGUUCGUCGGUCUCUGUCCACAAGAAGUUCCGCAAAUUGGCGAGUGCAUCGAUCAACAAGAGCAGAGCUGAUUGGCAGAAGCUUUAUGGAGUUUGCAUGGAUUUCCUCCAGCGUGAGAAGGCGCGGUAUGGAAGGACUGGUAUUGGCUUGGCCGAGUGUGUCCGAUGUCUCUGCUUUGUUGUCGUCUUGGUUUCGCAGUUUGGGGUGGACGACAAGAAGGUUGAUAAGAACUUGGUGAAGCGAAUAACUGAUGGAAUCAAUGCGCAGUGGUUGAAGAGCAAGGAAGAUGGCGAGGCGGUAAAGACGUCUGACUCUCUAAACCAUGAUUUGGGUAUGCUCUUUGGCAACCUGAAGACGUCAGUCGCCGAAGAGAACGGUACAGGAAAAGAUACCUCUAUUGACCCAAGUGAAGCACUCGGGUUAAUCAUGCCACAAUACGAGACACUGUGGCGGGUUGUCCUGCUUACCUACGUCACUGCGUAUUAUACGCAGUAUGAUAAGCGGAGUUUGAAGAAGAGAGUCAAAGACAUUCCAUCUUGUUUGGGAAACGCUGCUACGGAGAAAGAGGCACUCAAAUUAGCAACGGAGGGUCUUCGUCUAUAUCCGUCCAACAACAGCAUCUAUCGUGCCGCCACUGGCCCUGGACCUCUAAAAUCAGCAGACGUUCAAGCAUGUCAUCGUGACUUCAAUGUUUGGGGUCGUGACGCUCUUGAGUUCCGACCAGAGCGGUUUGACAAUCUCACACCUCUCCAGGAAAAAGCCUACUUCCCCUUUUCUUUGGGAUCCCACAAAUGCCCGGCUUUUGGGGGCUUCGGAAACAGGAUGGUCACUAUGCUCGUGGUCUCCAUGGGGAGGGCUCUUUCUCCUGAGACAGGAAAACUGAAUUUUGAAGAUGCCCAACUAGACAACCGCGUUGGAAUCAUUUUGCCCACCGGGCGGGAUGAAAUGGAAAAUUGGUCCUGGGAUAUGGUUCGUGUUUAG